AUGGACUUGGAGCUCUUGGAGGUCUUGCUCUUGCAGCCACCAGCAGCUAUAGUUCCAUUCGUUCCAGACAUCGACGAAUGUCAAGAGAACAACGGAGGCUGCGAUCACUUCUGCCGGAACACAGUCGGCUCUUUCGAAUGCAGCUGCCAGAAAGGUCACAAGCUGCUCACUGAUGAACGGACCUGCCAAGACAUUGACGAGUGCUCCUUUGAGAGAACAUGCGAUCACACCUGCAUUAACUACCCUGGAAGCUUCGAGUGCUUGUGCAACAAAGGCUACAUCCUGUAUGGUCUCACUCACUGUGGCGAUAUUGAUGAGUGCAGCAUCAACAAUGGGAGCUGUGAGUAUGGCUGCAUAAACACACAAGGCAGCUACGAGUGUGUGUGUCCGCCUGGACAGAAACUCCACUGGAACAAGAAGGACUGUAUCGAGGCGUUGAAGUGUCUGCCCAAUGGGAAGCCAGCACCGCGAGCCCAGCUGACCUGCAUCAAGAGCGGAGGGGCAGAGGUCUGCUCGCUCUCCUGCCCCAACGCCCUCUUCCUCGCUGAUUCGGAGAACAGCUACACACUGAGUUGUGGAGUACCUGUCCAGCCUGGUAAAGCUCCUCAGAAGCGGAACGCCACUGCUGCCUUACUCACCUGCACUGACACGCUGGCUCCACCCAUCAAACAGAAGGCUCGGUUUAAAAUUAAAGAUGCCAAGUGUCAUCUGAGGCCUCGACAAGAGAAGCACAGAGAUUCAUCAAAGCAGAGCCUACAAGGAGGACAGUUCCCCUGUACCGACGACUGCCAGGUAACCUUUGUCAACCUCAAGUGCGACUCAUCCAAGAAACGCAGGCGAGGACGCAAGUCUCCUUCGAAAGAAGUUUCUCACAUCACAGCUGAGUUUGAGAUGGAAAUGAAGGAGGAGGAAGCCUCGGACUCCUGUAAUAUGGACUGCGUGCGGGAGAGGAUGAAGCAGAAGCUACAGAGCGCCAUGCGCACGCUCAGGAAGUCCAUCAACAAACAGCAAUUCUACAUCCAUUUCUCCGGGACGGAGUACGAAGUGGCCCAGAAACCGUCCAGAGCGCUGGACGGAGUGGAAUCCUGCAGCACGGGGCAAGUCCUGCGAGACGGAAAGUGUGUGAGUUGUGGUGUAGGGACUUACAGUGGCGAACAUGAGCAGUGUGUCCAGUGUCCGCCCGGCACGUUCCAGGACACAGCGGGUCAGCUUUCCUGUGAGCCGUGCCCCAGUAUGGAAGGCCAGGGCAUCGCCGGGGCCAAGAACGUGUCUCAGUGUGGAGGUCAGUGUCCUGCAGGUCAUUUCUCUGCUGAUGGGUUUCGUCCAUGUCAGGCGUGCCCACUGGGUUCGUAUCAACCGGAACCGGGACGAGUCCUGUGCUUUUCCUGUGGAGGAAGCCUCAUGACCAAGUAUGAAGGAUCCGUCUCCUUUAAGGACUGCGAGGCCAAAGUGCACUGUGCUCCUGGUCAUUACUACAACUCCAGUACCCACCGCUGUAUCCGCUGCCCAGCAGGAACCUACCAGUCUGAGUUUGGACAGAACUAUUGCAUCACCUGCCCUGGGAACACCACCACUGACUUUGAUGGUGCCACCAACGUCUCCCAUUGCAAAAAUCAGCUGUGUGGAGGUGAGCUGGGAGAAUACACAGGCUACAUUGAGUCUCCGAACUAUCCUGGAGACUAUCCGUCCAAUGUGGACUGUGUGUGGACCAUCACACCACCACACAAGAGGCGAAUCCUCAUCGUGGUACCGGAGAUCUUCCUCCCCAUCGAGGAUGAGUGUGGAGAUGUGCUCGUCAUGAGGAAGAGUGCCCUGCCCACCUCCAUUACCACCUAUGAGACUUGUCAGACAUAUGAGCGUCCGAUCGCGUUCACCUCUCGCUCACGUAAGCUCUGGAUCCAGUUUAAGUCCAACGAGGGCAACAGUGGCAGAGGCUUCCAAGUUCCAUAUGUCACCUAUGAUGAGGACUACCAGCAGCUGAUAGAGGACAUCGUGCGAGAUGGCAGGCUCUAUGCCUCAGAAAACCACCAGGAGAUCCUGAAGGACAAGAAGCUGAUAAAGGCCUUGUUUGAUGUCUUGGCCCACCCCCAGAACUACUUCAGGUACACAGCGCAGGAGUCCAAAGAGAUGUUCCCGCGUUCCUUCAUCAAGCUACUGCGCUCCAAAGUCACCAGGUUCCUUCGGCCGUACAAAUAGACGACGCUUACCCACUGUCCUUUUAAAGACCCCUGUGAUCCCGAGUCAGUCCAAAUCCAACAACACCAUUGUAAAUCUGCUUGUUACCUGCUUAUGUCAAUGCCUUGAUCCAGCGUUGUCUGACUGAACCUUUUUUUUGUUUGGUGCGUUCACCCCGAUCCUUUGCAUCACACGAUGCCUUUCCUGAUCUCUGACCUCUUGAAAGACUAGUGCAUUUUUAAUUGACAGCCUUCUCUACCAACAAUGCUUGUUUAUAAGGUUUGACCAGUAUGAGUUUUUAAAGGCCAGUACCAUUUUUU